AUGGGUGAGAACGCAGGCUCAGCCACCUCUGUCCCGUCCAUCGUCCUCCCAGUCUCGUUGGAUCAUGUUCGCGUCAAGUCUCUCCCGCCUGCUGCAUACUACGUAUCGGAUUUCAUCACUGAAGACGAAGAGCGAAUCAUUCUAGAUAAAAUUGCGUCCGCACCCAAGCCUCGUUGGAAGCAACUCACGCAUCGUCGCCUGCAGACAUGGCCCUCCGAUCUGGUCAGCAACAAGUUGGUCGAUGCGCCAUUGCCUGGUUGGCUUAGUGACCCCGUCAUCUCUCGUUUGAAGUCCAUACCUCUAUCGCAAGAGCCCGAUGCACCCGACCUGUUCUCUGAUAGCCCGCACCAGCGACCGAACCAUGUUCUCAUUAAUGAGUAUCCGCCUGGUAUUGGCAUCAUGCCACACAAGGACGGAAGCGCGUACCAUCCCGUUGUCUGCACGGUAAGCCUUGGCGCUAGCCUUUGCCUCAACAUCUAUAAGAGUAAAGACAAUGGAGCCCUCGAACCCGAUCCCGUUUUCAGAAUCCUUCAGGAGCCGCGGAGCCUUCUCAUCACUACCGAGGAUCUAUACACCGAAUAUCUUCACGGCAUCGCAGAUGUUACAGAAGACGUCAACUUGUCUGAAACUACAGUCGCAAACUGGAAUUUACUUCGUUCUAGCAAUGAUUUCGUCCAAGGCUGUAAUACCCGAGCCACGCGCACAAGUCUAACAUACCGCGAUGUCUUGAAAGUCUCGAAGCUCGGAAACAAGUUCGCCAUGUUUCAAAAGAAGUAG